CUAAAAAACUUGCUCCAUUUUUCAUUUUCGUUUUCCUUUUUUUCCAGUGGGCAGGGUUUUUCACAAAAACCCUCGAAGAAAAAAUGGCAGCACGCUCGGCCCGAUCCAAAUCGACGCGCCUCCUCUACUCCCUCUGCACGGCGUCCAUCAGCCCCGCGCCUCGAACCUCUACCGCCGCCCUGCUCACCGGAAAUUUCAACAUCCGCUAUUUCUCCGCCGGCAGUGCCGCCGCCGCACGGCUGAGGGAGGAGAAGGAUACCUGGUGGAAAGACUCCCUGCAGAAGCUCCGCAACAUCGGGAUUUCGGCUCAUAUCGAUUCGGGUAAGACGACGCUCACGGAGCGGGUGUUGUUCUACACGGGUCGGAUCCACGAGAUUCAUGAGGUCCGAGGGAAGGAUGGGGUUGGAGCGAAAAUGGAUUCCAUGGAUUUGGAGAGAGAGAAAGGGAUUACUAUACAAUCUGCCGCUACAUACUGUACCUGGAAGGAUUAUCAGGUUAACAUAAUUGAUACACCGGGCCACGUCGAUUUCACUAUUGAAGUUGAGAGAGCUUUACGUGUACUUGAUGGUGCCAUUCUUGUCCUGUGUAGUGUUGGUGGUGUACAAAGUCAGUCAAUUACUGUUGAUAGGCAAAUGAGAAGAUAUGAGGUUCCACGACUUGCUUUUAUUAACAAACUUGACCGAAUGGGGGCUGAUCCGUGGAAAGUUCUGAACCAGGCGAGAACGAAACUUCGACACCACAGUGCUGCUGUGCAGAUGCCAAUUGGUUUGGAGGAAGACUUCAAGGGUCUUAUUGAUCUUGUCAACAUGAAAGCUUGUUACUUUCAUGGUUCCAGUGGUGAGACCAUUGUAUCUGAAGAUAUUCCUGCUGAUCUCGAAGCAUUAGCUCUAGAAAAGCGGCGUGAACUGGUUGAAGCAGUCUCAGAGGUUGAUGAUAAGCUUGCGGAAGCAUUUCUUAGCGAUGAGCCUAUAUUAGCUGCUGAUCUUGAUGAGGCAAUUCGAAGAGCUACCAUAUCACGAAAAUUUGUGCCCGUGUUCAUGGGGAGUGCUUUCAAGAACAAGGGCGUUCAACCACUUCUUGAUGGUGUACUUAGCUACUUGCCUUGUCCAACUGAAGUUACUAAUCAAGCUCUUGACCAGUCUAAGGAUGAGGAAAAGGUUGAGUUAUCUGGAAGUCCAGCUGGUCCUCUUGUUGCCUUAGCUUUCAAGUUAGAAGAAGGGCGAUUUGGUCAGUUGACAUAUCUGAGAAUCUACGAAGGUGUCAUUAAGAAGGGGGACUUUAUAGUUAAUGUGAACACAGGCAAGAAGGUUAAGGUUCCUCGCUUGGUUCGGAUGCAUUCAAAUGAAAUGGAGGACAUUCAACAAGCUCAUGCAGGACAGAUAGUUGCUGUAUUUGGUGUAGAUUGUGCUUCUGGGGAUACAUUUACCGAUGGGUCAGUCAGAUAUACAAUGACCUCUAUGAGUGUGCCUGAGCCAGUUAUGUCACUAGCAAUAUCAGCAGUGUCUAAAGACUCUGGAGGAAACUUUUCAAAGGCUUUGAAUCGCUUUCAGAGGGAGGAUCCAACUUUCCGUGUUGGUUUAGACCCUGAGAGUUCGCAGACAAUUAUAUCGGGAAUGGGAGAACUCCAUUUGGACAUAUAUGUUGAGCGCAUGAAGAGGGAGUACAAGGUUGAAGCAACUGUUGGGAAGCCUCGUGUCAACUUCAGGGAGACAAUUACUCAACGUGCCGAGUUUGAUUAUCUACAUAAGAAGCAGAGUGGAGGACAAGGUCAAUAUGGAAGAGUUACGGGGUUUAUGGAACCACUUCCACCAGGCUCGGGAACUAAAUUCGAAUUCGAUAACAUGCUUGUAGGACAAGCUAUACCGUCAAAUUUUGUGCCAGCAAUUGAAAAGGGUUUCAAAGAAGCUGCCAACUCGGGUUCUCUUAUAGGCCAUCCUGUUGAAAAUAUACGUAUUGCAUUGACCGACGGUGCAGCUCAUACUGUGGAUUCUAGUGAACUUGCUUUUAAGUUGGCUGCUAUAUAUGCCUUCAGACAGUGCUAUGAACUCUGCAAACCUGUUAUAUUGGAACCUGUGAUGCUGGUGGAGUUAAAAUUCCCCUCAGAAUUUCAGGGCACUGUCACUGGUGAUAUUAACAAGAGGAAAGGCAUGAUUGUUGGGAAUGACCAAGAAGCAGACGAUUGUGUAAUAACUGCACAUGUACCACUCAACAAUAUGUUUGGUUACUCGACUGCCCUCCGCUCAAUGACACAGGGUAAAGGUGAAUUCACAAUGGAAUAUUUAGAGCAUAUGCAAGUUUCUCAGGAUGUGCAGACACAACUGGUGAAUGCUUACAAGGCUACAAGAACUGGAGAAUAAUAGCCCAUCUGACUGUAUUUGAACUGUCGGACCGUUUAUUAGGUCAAAAGUCGAGUGUGUGACAUUUCUUCACUUAGUUAGGUUUAUAGAUAUUAUUUAUUAAGGCCAAAAAGUCUUUAUUCAAUUUUGGAAAAGCAUUAAACAUAACCACAUUGCAAUAAUCAGAACUUGUUCUGACUGGGUUUUGUACAAUAUGCAGAACAUAAAUAUAUAGUUACAGGUAUUUGCUUA